AUGGCUGCUUUGCGGACUGAUCUGAAAACCGCUAUGAGAGCCAAAGACACCACAAGACUGAAUGUACUUCGUGCUUUGAUCUCCGAGACCAACAACGCCGCCAAAACCGCCUCGCCGAUCCAGACAGACAUUCAGCUCUUGUCACUUAUCCGGAAACGCAUUAAUGCCUCCAGAGAUGCAGCAAACGAGUUUGAUGCCGCUGACCGUCCAGAUCUGAAGGAGAAAGAGGAUGCACAGGUUGUGGUAUUGGAAGAAUAUGCUAGUCAGGUCAAGACCCUCCCCAUUGCCGAGAUCAAGGAAGUGGUUAUCAAUGAGAUCGCUGCUAUGAUCAAUGCCAAUACGAAGCCCAACCAGGGAACCAUCCUCAAAGCUCUCUUUGCUGUAGGGGGGCCUUUAGAUGGCAAGCCAGUGGACCGGAAAGAAGUUGCUACGGAGGUGAAGAACGCGCUCUCUUAA